AUGGGCUUACCAAUGUAUAAACCAAGAGAUGAGCAUGCUGUUUCCGAGAAACAUCAGGCAAAAGAUCCAAUGGAAGAUGAAUUAUGGUCUAUUAUUCCUCAUCAAUUGCAUAAUUACGGUAAUACAAGACAUCCAUCAAGAGCCAGCAACAACCACCAUCCACAUCAUUUGGUCAGUAGAACUGCCUCCAAUAUCCAGCCAAGAGUGAGCCGCAUAGCAAGAAGACGCAGCAUGUUGACAUCUUCGUUACUUGAUAGACGUAGAGACUCCCGUAUCCAUCAAUUGCCUGGUACAGUAACCAUAGCAACCUUAUCUUCAUCUUCCAACACAUCCGCAUCAUCUUCCCCGCCGUCUUCUUUGUCUUCGGCAUCAGCACCCACACUAUCAGCAUCACCGCCCAUGAGAAGUGAAUUGGAUCGUCGUCUUCAUCAACGUAUCACCGAGAAGGAAGAUUUGUUGGAACAGCUUCGAGUUACUGUAUCGUUAUUAGAUCAGUUUCUUUCGGCAAGAGCGGCUUUAGGCCGUGAUAUGAGUUUACCGUCAUUUAUAACAGAAGACUUGCCUGCUGUUUUAGAAUCAGCAUCCUCAUUAGCAGCAAUGUCACCUUCUCUAUUGACAUCAUCGACCUCAACAGUAACAGAUGUAACAGCAAACAAUGAAGUAACUACUUUGCAAGAAAUGGUAGAUCGAUUAUUGCAGAUUCCACCUUAUUCUGUUCGUAUUCAAUAUAUUGAGCAAAGCAUCAUCGUAGCCCACCGUCGAAUCAGAGAGCAAUUGAGUGUUCUGGGCUCAUCCUCAGUGGGUUUACCACAGAAUGCCGUUACACCAACUGAAGGAAUCAUUAAUCAUAUGCAUGUCCGCCGUCCUGCUGUUGGAGGAAGAGGAGAAGGAAGAACACUCCAGCAACAACCACAACCUGUCUCAGCAACAGCAGCAGCAGCAGCAGCAAGAAGAAGAGCGUUGCCUCCUCGUAUACCCUCCUACGACGAGGAGCACAACAGAAGACCUGAUUUCGUAUCUGGCUCACAUUCAUAG